CAUAACUUAGUUUGCUUUAUUGGAACAACAACCGUUAAUUACAUCAAUAAUCAUGUUACCGAAUUGAAAGUUAAAAGCAUGAAGCAAAUCCAACACUGCGAGCCACGUCAGCCCACCCUGGCUUUCACACACACACACACACACACACACACAUAUAUAUGAACCUUUAACAUGCAACGGGGUUUGUAAGCAGCCGUGUGGCGUUCACGGUCCCCUCCUUCUCGGUCUUUAGUCCAGUUCUGGUCUGUAGGGGAAACAACCGGGUCCGGACAGACAUCCCCACCGCCCAGCCCAGCGCGUGUUACCGCACUCCUACUCCACAGCUGCGGCCGCGAUGACGAUCUCCUGCACGUUUAAACCGCGGCGCAAACAACAUGGCGGAGGACGGACGCCUAACAAUAUUCUAAACACGGAACAUAAACGGACCGGGGAGAUGUCCGCAUCGCAAACAUAAAUGCCUACCGAGACUCACGAAUCUGUUCACACAACCAAAUACUGAACGAACUCCGUCGAAUGGCAAGCCACGGGAACAAAGAAAGCACUACAACGAUAACACCAACAGCCAGUUACAAUCCGGAUGUGCGACUCGACGCUUCCGUCCGCAGUGUCGGAGGUUUGAAUUCCGUUCGCAGAAGAAAACAUGGAUCCAGUGGCUUGUUCGAGCUGAUCCGAGAGAGAGCUCGGCCUAAAGCCCCGAAUAGCUAGUGACCUAGAGAGGGAGGCGUCAGCAGAGCAGAAAGCGGCCUGGAGUCUCUUCCUGCCGUUAUUCGACGUCGAAUCUCUCGGUGUUUGCGUAGCUGCAAUACGCUGCAGCCAGGUGGCAUUUGUAAGAUGGCGUCUGAGUCUGCGCAGUUCCGGAGGAAGAAGACGGUGAUGUUGGUUGACGUAAACAUAAAAAAACGUGUUAUGGUUUUUUUUUUGUUUGGAAACAGUGAUGGUUCUCAUGUGGACGCCGGACCGAUGGAAUAAUCGACGUUAAAGACGGAUUGAUGCGGCACGAGGACACACUGUCCUUAUAGACAGAAGGAUGCCAUCUUGAACUAUUAUGCAGAGACGUGGGAUCCUUCAGGGAUCGGUCCAUGGCCUUUACGAAGACUCGGCCAGGUAUGGUGAUCCUGAGGGAAGGGGCAGCUGCCCCUGGAGCAGCUCCAGCAGCUGAUCAUUCACCUGCAUGCCUUGUGGCUUUGAGAACAGGAAAAGUGCAUCACAGCGGGACUGUUCAAGGCACCUGUGUAUCCAGCGGUGAAACCAAAAUGAGUGGGAAACACAAGAUGUACUCAGCAGAGGAGACUGUCGUGAAGAUGGGUGAACUUAAACAUCCCACCAGUCUAAAUUCUCCAUGUGAUGUCCCAUCCCCUGACUGUGUCUGUAAAGAUGUCAAAGUGACACUUGACAAUAACAGCAUGUGGAACGAGUUCUUUAAAUGUAGGACCGAGAUGAUUCUGACCAAGCAAGGCAGCAGAAUGUUCCCUUACUGCCGCUUCCGCAUCUCUGGCCUGCAAUCCUCAUUAAAGUACUCUCUGGUUAUGGACAUCGAGCCUCUAGACAACAGUCAGUACAAGUGGACGGGUGAGAGCUGGCAUACUUGCAGAAAAGCAGAGCGUCAUGUGAAGAGUAAACCUUUCGUCCAUCCAGAUUCCCCAGCCACAGGUCAACAUUGGAUGCAGAACCCAGUGUCCUUCUACAGACUGAAACUCACAGACGACAUCUCAGACCAGGAGGGGAACAUCAUCCUGCAUCCGAUGCACCGCUAUCUACCGCAACUGUACCUGGUCCAGGCAGACACCGCCGUAGAAGACUUUAGACUCAAUGGUCCUAAUGUUCUCACGUUCACUUUCCCCCAGACAGAGUUUAUAACCGUCACCUCAUACCAAAACCCCCAGUUUACUCAGCUCAAGGUUAACUACAACCCUUUUGCUAAGAAACUGAAGGAGGACAGGGUCAUUUCAUGUGGCUUAAAACUCAAAGGGAACUCGGGCAAAGAGUUGACCAGCUAUGAAGCUAAGACGAACACUGAGGAGCAUCCUGUGAGGAAGAGCUUGAAAUUUUUGCUCGCAAACCAUAAACCCAGACAUUCAAAAGCAUCGGACUUCAAACUACCAGCACCAAAAGAACCUCAGGAAAAAUCCACGAUGAGUAACACACAGUCCGCUGCCCAUGUUCCAGGUGAAAGUCCAAGCAACAGUUCUCGUCCUGCUCCGAAGUUAAUUUCUGAGCUUAUUUGUGAGGCUCAUGUUUCACUGCAGAGGUGUAACAUUGAGCAACGCAGCAGCAACCAGAGCAACUCCCUUGGAGCAGCCCAGAAUAACACUACAUCCACUAGUUGGACUGACAAGAAUAAGCAGAGUUUUGUACAUAAGAACAAUGGAACAAUCACUACAUCCACCAGGAAGAGUCCAACUGUUGAUACAACGAGAAAUAUUAAGGACAAGGAGCAUCUGUCUGAUGUUACGGCCGAUGUCAGGACAGAAUGCGCUGCAGCUGCUGCUGCUACAGGAGGGCAGGUUUCCUCGAAUAAACCAGACCAGCAAAGUAUGGCAGACACUCCAUCAGAUGGUGGGAAGCAACAGAAACGGCCAGUUCGAUUGCCUCUACCCGCACUUGCACUUUUUCUAAAGCAACAUUCAACAAAUUCUAAAAAGGCGAAGAACAAACCGGACCUUCCUCCUCAAGAGUCUCUGCCCACGUCCUGUGGUUCUCAAAGUUCUGCUUCAGAACCCCAACAGGAAACCAGUGUCGAACCCAUCAUGGAAGUCAAACCCAUCAUGGAAGACAGCAGAAAGGAUGUUCUGCCGGAUGAAAAGGCUUUAAAUGGCACUAAACCCGCAGCUGAAACGGCUCUACAGCCCUGCAGCCCAUCCAGUCCAGACCCUCUCAGUGCCACCGGAUCAGAGGAACCUGGAAAAACCGAAAAGCCCUUCAUCUCCAGUGGUGAAAGUUUAGGCUCAGGGCCGACGGUCAGUCAUCAAAAAGCAUCCAUAUGUGAGAAUACAUUUGACUCCCUUGAGAUGUCUCCGCUCACCCUCACAUGUUCUACCUCUGCAUCACCUGACUUGUCCUUACAUCUCAGUCCUGCCUUGGCUCUGCCAGACCCUCCCAAAGCAGCAGCAGAGUCUUCCACACUACCUCCAGGCUCUCGCUCCAUGAAGAUUGACUCUAUGCUUCCUGAUCCUCAGUGUUCCUCGUUUGACUUUGAUCUUUUGUCACCUGCGAGCUCCCCCGAGCCUUUACCUCCUCUCCCUGCCUCCUUGGCUUUAGAACUCGACUCUGCAACGUCUGCUGAGGGAGGUUCAGCAGGGUCCUUCGAAGACCCCGAACAAGACAGAAACUCGUCGGUUUUUAAAUGGCAUACAGUAUUACCUGUGUCUGGGACGUAUGCAGACUCUUUCACAACGUUACAGCCCCAGCAGCAGUCAGCUCCGUUGAUAUCCGUCGCUCCAUCUUUGUUGUCCUGCCUUCCUGAGCCUCAGAGUAUUGAUACUUCGACUCCAAGUCCUCCAAAAGACCCCGUUCCCUCGUUUCAAGAGAGCGAACAGUCUCUGCCUUUCCCAGCAGAGCUGUCCCCCCUUGCUCUUCAGCUCCCACUGUCUCCAACCUUCUCUUCACUGGAUGAGGAUGGACUGUCCCCCACAACUUCCCUCUCAGAGCUUGUCAGCUUUUUCUCCGCCAACGACGACAUCGGGGUGGAGUUUUCCAACACAGACACGGCAGCUGUCCCUACCCAGCCUUUGCCGGUUUCAGAGCCGCCCCAGCCCUCUGAGCCCGUGCUGCCAGUGUCGGCCAGCAAGCCCUGCAAGAGGAAGAAGUCGUCCAGGCCAACAACGCUUGCCAGGCUGGAUGUGGAUCACGGUGACUACAGGAGCAAGCAGCCCAAAGUUGAAGAAGUCGAGGAGCAACUUUUUAUCUCUUUCACGUCUAAGGAGGCCCUAAAGCAGCACACUGCUGAGUCAUCUGAAGAGCCGCUCCCUGACCCUCAGCUGACAGCGGACACCAGACCUGCCCAAGAACCGGAGAGCAGCAGCACAGCAGAGAAUCUGGAGGAGACGAUUGUGGUCAACGAGGAGAGUCUUCUUCGAGACUUGAAGCUCAUGAAACACAGGCAGGUCAUCCACCCUGUGCUGCAGGAAGUUGGCCUCAAGAUGACUCUCCUGGAUCCGGCGCUGUCCAUCGACUUGCAGUACCUGGGAGUCUGUCUUCCCAUCCCCCCUCCUGGCGAUGUUAUGGAACCACCAACACAGACGGUUCCCACAUCCCAAGGGGUCUUGGCCUCCUUUCAGUCCAGAACAGGAAAAGCUACAGAUGUGACCCAGAUUAAAGGCUGGAAAGAGAAAUUUACACCGCUGGAGGCAGAACCCGCCGCUGCACCCAAACCUGAAGCUUCAGCUGGCCCCAGUUCAGAUCUGCCCAAGAAGAACCUGUCGGCGUUCUGCAGCGACAUGCUGGACGAGUAUCUGGAAUCGGAGGCCAAACUGAUCGAUGAGCGAGCUUCCAGUUUUUCCCAGCCACCAGCGGAGGCACCGGCCUAUCAGCUCCCUUUGAGCAGCACCAGCUACGUCCGCACUCUGGACCACGUCCUCAAGAAACCCACCACUGGCUCACCCACCUCAGACAUCAUAUCCAGAUUCAUCCCCCCAUCCAAGCGGUCCCGUUUCAAAGCUACCACAUGUAGGAAGGUAGAGAGGAAGCAGCGAGGUCCCAAACAGAACAAGAUCAAAGCAGCUUCUGCUGCUCCUCAGUUGACUGCAGUGGCACAGAUGCAGACACCUGGUGGCCUCCCCCAGACUACAGAACCUCAGAACCAACCUACUUUUAAAAAGAGAAGACGACUUAAACCCCAGACCUCAUCUCACACCCUGGGUGCUUCCAUGCCGCCGUUGAAUGAGGACAUGGCUCCACUGGAGUCCGACUCAGAGCUGAAGGCAGACUUGGUGGUGAAUCAGCCGUCCGAUCAGACGGUGAAUACCCUGAAAAAGGAAAGCAAAGUCUCUGUGACCCGGUCCUUUGCCAGGCUGAAGGAGCUGCAAGACCGUGUGGUGUGGGAGGGCUGCCUCCAAACCCGCAUCACAGAAGAGAGGGCCACCGUCGCCUUGAUGUCUCUUUUCACGCAAACCGGUUUUGUGAGAGAGAACCCGACGGCUCCGAUCCGGCUGAAACAAAGAGAAGCUCUGCGGUGUCUGAACGACUUCUGCAGGCUGGGAUGUAUCUGCUCCAGUUUGUCUCACUGUUCCAGGAUCAGCCACUGCGGUCGACCCUCCUGCAUGUUCGGCUGCAGCUGCCUUAAGCAGAAGGUGGUCAUCCUCAAGAACCUGGGCAGCUCUGACUCCAGCCCCGCCUCCCCACAUGGCAAAGUCAAGAAGAAGAGGAGGAGGAGGAUGAUGAUGAAGAUGGCCUAUGUUCUGAAAGAGGCAGACACCGUGACCCAACCUGCUGAGCGGAUCCGGACUCUGUGGAGGAAGGAUGCUGAAAACUGUGACACGGAGCCUGUCCAUGCACCUGAAGCAGCUCCCGUUCUCCACAGAGCUGUGAGAAGAAAAUACAACAGCAGCUGUGCCAGAGUUCGAGGCUUUGUAGCCAAGAUGCAGAAACAGAAGGAGAACUCCAGAGAGCUGGUGUCGGGCAGGCAUAAAGCUGCAACACUAAACCCCGUCCAAGAUGGAGAACAGACUGCAAAGACAGUUAAAACACCCAGACCUCCUGAUGCAGGCCAAACACCUAACUCUAAACCUCCUUCAGAAUUGCCCCAUCCUCAGCCAUCCAAACGCCUCAGCAUCUUGGCUGACUGCACGUGGGAGAGUGACUCUCAGCGCAGCUCGGUGUUGAAGAAGCUGUGUGAGGCGAUGGCUCUGGAUCAACUGGAUAGACCUUUCUGGAUCAAACACUUCCUCAUCACGCCGACCGAGGAGACUGUGGAGGAAAGCACACCAAAUAAGUGCAUCCACUAUAGGGUCCAGAUCUCCACACCCUUUCUGGGAAAGGAAAAAACCGUUUCAUAUGAGGGGAGACCAGGCAUCAAACAGGCAUCUCAACACAGACAGGACCACUACUCCGGAUUGAGUCCAAAGAAUGACAAGCCUCCUAAAGACUCCAAGAAGGCGACUGAGUCCUCCACAGACUGCAUGAACUCUAUGGAGGACAGGCAGAAGGAGGUGGAGCCUAUGGAGGACUGGCAGAAGGAGGUGGAGCCUAUGGAGGACUGGCAGAAAGAGGUGGAGCCUAUGGAGGACUGGCAGAAGGCGGUGGAGCCUAUGGAGGACUGGCAGAAGGCGGUGGAACCUAUGGAGGACUGGCAAAAGGAGGCGGGGCCUAUGGAGGACUGGCAAAAGGAGGCGGGGCCUAUGGAGGACUGGCAGAAGGAGGCAGGGCCUAUGGAGGACUGGCAGAAGGAGGCGGGGCCUAUGGAGGACUGGCAGAAGGAGGCGGGGCCUAUGGAGGACUGUCAGAAGGAGGUGGGGCCUGUGGAGGAGUGCCAGAAGGAGGCGGAGGCUAUGGAGGACUUCCUGAAAGAUGCCAAGGACGUUGAUGUACAGGUAGCUGGAAAGGGCUGCAAAAGUUACACGGAAAGACAUGAGCUGAACAGAAGCAGAGAUAAAUUAGAUUCAAAUAAAAAGAGCAGGGUUGGCAGCCUUGCUCUGCCUUUCCUGAUGGGAUUAACACCUGCUGGCUUCCUCUCAGCCAAUAAGAAACAGCCAGGAAGAUCAGAGGAUGUGAUACAGGUGAACGGGAAGCAAUACCCUUUUGCAAAGGUCCAGUUGGGCAGGAUGGGGGCGCUCCAUCCGGCCAAUCGUCUGGCAGCUUACCUAACAGGUCGGGUGGGGUCACAGAGGCUGCAACAAGCUUCUUCAGCGCUUGAGGAGUCUUGCAAAGGCCAGAGUUCUCCCCGCAUCAGGGCGCCCACUCUCUGGAUCCCAUCUGCUUCUGCAGUGAUGCUUCAAACUGAGCCAGCAGUCACUCAGCCAGCUGUCACCAUUCUUCCUGCAGUUUCUGAGCCCAAAAACGUGGUUGCUGCAUCUUCAAAUCCAUCUUUGACCUUGAUGCCUAAAGACCCUGAGCCAUUGCUGAUCCGGGUUCCAAGUCCUCAGAAAGUGCUGCAUGUGGUGCCCCCUCGGAUUCUGAACACUCAGGGCCAAAUGAUGGAUCUGAAGCCAGUCCGGUCAUCGUCAGGCCACCAGUAUUAUCAGAAACCGGAUGGAUCAUUGAUCCAGUUGAUUCCCUUUAACCAGCUGAGACCAGUUAAUCCAUCGGCAACCGUUCAGGGAGCAGCAGAGCCAUCUACGUCACUCUCUCCAAAUUACGUCACAGCAACCAAAAGCAGUACGGAUUCAAAAUUCAAUGCAAGACCACAGUUUAACCCCCGGAGGGGCCACACUGAUGAUUUUAGACACAAAAUUUCUGAGCCCAAAAACGUGGUUGCUGCAUCUUCAAAUCCAUCUUUGACCUUGAUGCCUAAAGACCCUGAGCCGUUGCUGAUCCAGGUUCCAAGUCCUCAGAAAGUGGUGCAUGUGGUGCCCCCUCGGAUUCUGAACACUCAGGGCCAAAGGAUGGUCCUGAAGCCAAUCCGGUCAUCGUCAGGCCACCAGUAUUAUCAGAAACCGGAUGGAUCAUUGAUCCAGUUGAUUCCCUUCAACCAGCUGAGACCAGUUAAUCCAUCGACAACCGUUCAAGGAGCCUGCCCUGUCAAGGACCCUGUCUUUGUCAACGUCCCUUACCUGACCCCCACCCAGAUUGUGUGUUCAGAAGACAACCUCACACCGAUUCAGGGCUCAACCCAUCCAGUUGUCCCCAACCUCAAGAAAAACACUCCACUAAAGCCCCCUGUGGGUCAAAAGACUGACUUGAAGGUCCAGUCCGUGCCCUCAGCCACUGUCGCUGAGGGCACGGCAGUCGAACACCAAAAUGCUUCACCACAAACCCAGCCGACCAUCCAGCCACCCACAGAGGCUGACGUUCCCAGGGUGAGCCCGUCUCUGGCAGAGUCAUCCUCACGGAAGCUCUCCCCCGAACGAGACCUUGCCUAUGAUCCAGCGGACCUGGACGUUGUGUGUGUGGAAGCGACAGAAGUGGUGGACUUGGUGUCCAGCAGCGAGACGGAGGACUCUGUGUCCAGCAGCGGGACCGAGGACUCUGUGUCCAGCUGCGAGACGGAGGACUCGUCAGACUUCACACAGUCGGACGGUGAAGAGCAGAAGCAGCUGACUGCACACAAACACGGCGCUGCUGCAGCUGGUGAGUCAACAGGUGACGGCCAGCAGGAGGAAGAGAAGGAGGACAAGGCUUGGCACAGCAUGUUGGAAAAGCUGGAGGAGAGCAGCGGCUGUGGAGCGGCUCAGCAGAAGAUGGAGAUGACCAGUAGUUCAGAUGUGGACAGUGAGGAGGAAGCUUUCGGUCCUGCCAUGAAUUCUGCAAGGAAGGGGUCGCUGAAACAGCGCCUUAUGCACAAUAUGGAAGCGAGAAUGUAUCGAGCCCAGUUGCAACAGCUGUUCCAUGAGUUGAAGAAAGAAGUGGUGCCAACAUAUGACACAAUGCCCAAAAUCUCUAUUCUGAAAAAGGCUGUCAAACUGAUCCAGGAGCUGAGGGGUUCUGAGGAAGACCUGAAGAGGAAGAAAAAAAGCCUGGUGAAGAGUCGGGAUAAAUACCUGUCCAUUCUUGCUCCAUCAGCAGCGCACCGAGCCCAUGCUGCCAGGCAGGAAGUGAAAGAUCCUAGCUACGUCUCAUAUGAGGAGGAUCGCUUAAACAGGAUGACUGUUGCUAACGGCGCUGCUGCAGCUGGUGAGUCAACAGGUGACGGCCAGCAGGAGGAGGAGAAGGAGGACAAGGCUUGGCACAGCAUGUUGGAAAAGCUGGAGGAGAGCAGCGGCUGUGGAGCGGCUCAGCAGAAGAUGGAGAUGACCAGUAGUUCAGAUGUGGACAGUGAGGAGGAAGCUCUCGGUCCUGCCAUGAAUUCUGCAAGGAAGGGGUCGCUGAAACAGGCUCCUCGGGAGGUCCAGAAGCUUCUACCAGAGACAGAGCGACGCUUGUCCAUCCAGAGCGUGGAGAAGGAAGACGAUCCGGAUCCAGACAUGAAGGAAGCCUACGGCCCAUCAGGUCUGGCAGUAACAGGGAUGGAGCCGCUACACCACCCGCUGACCAAUCAGACCUAUCAGAAUCAGGCUGGGAUGGUGGAGAAGCAACAAGAAGCCAGAAAGAUGCCAGUCCAGGGUGCCUACUCCGUAACCCCAUGGACGGGACAUGCUGAACCCCUGCAGACACCACAGGCUGCUCCCUGUGGAGGUGUGGGGCUGCCCACUGCUAUCCAGCUGCAGCCUCUAUUUCAGCCUGUUCUACACGUGUCAGACUGCGCUCCGUCUCUCCCACCUGCAUUCUCCGAUCCAUCUGGAGCGAAUAAACAGAGAAAGACUGUUCCAAACAUUCUGUCUCGCGGCAGAAACCGAGCGCUGCCUCUGACUUCAUCGGCUGUAGAGGCACCAAACUUGGAUCAGGUCCUUUUUGCUGUCCAGCCAGGAAGAGUACCGCACCAAGCCCAGGAGCUCCAGCCCCCGCUAGCUUCAGUUCCAUCUCCGUUUCUGCUGCUCUCUGCUGACUGCAACCAGGUCAGCGUCCACCAUCGGGGUCCGACAGAGCUCCUCAGUCCUGCUGCCUCAAGGAGCUCAGCUCCCACCGCGGACCCUCCCCCGGACGCACAGCGGUGUGAACCUGGUGGCCAAGAAGGCCGCCAGGAUCUGGACAACGAGAGCCUGUCGUUGCUCCUCAAUGAAAUAGUUUUUCUUAACCAGCAGACUGUUGCCACGGCUACAACAGCUGGGGUACCAUCAGCAGCGAAGGAUCGCCUUCAAGACUCCUUGGUGUCGGGUGGAUCCGAGGAGCAGAGACAGGCCUCCGACCGCCCCGGGCUAACCUCAGGGAACACCGUUGAAGGUGUCCUGACUCCGCCCCCGCUGCUGCACAUGAAGGUGGGAGGGGCCAAAGUGGCAGGACUCGGCACCAGUGAUGGAGGCGCAGUUGGAGGGGGAGGAAGCGAGGGCGUGGCCUGGAGGCCAAUGCCGAGGCUGGUUCCUCUGGGGCUGAGAGGAAACUCUCCAAGCUGACUCCUCUCUGCCCUGGCACUGGCUGUGGGGGGUCCGCUAGGCCCGCUGGUUCUGAAGGCCCACCGCACACAGACGUUCUCAGAACUCCUGAGUUCCUCCAUAAAGCCGCAACAUUUCUGCGUCAGACCUUGUGGACGGAUGUAACUGAGCCAUCCUGGAGCAGAGCGAAGAGGAGCCGAGCGAUUCAACUACAGACCUUGUUGCUUGGAUCCUUUGAUGGACAGGAAAAUGUACAAUACAUGUUCAAACAAGCUUUCUUUGUGCAAAUGUUGCCAUCUGACAGGUUUAGCAUGACCAGCUGCAGGGGAAUGGAUGUGGGGGGUAAAAAGAUGGACUUUAAUAUCAGAAACCUGGACCGGACCGGUUCAGAAUCAGCAGUAUGCAGAAUAUCAUUUAAAAAGACGGUUAUAGAAGUUACUGGUAACAUUCACUCCAUAGUCGUCAUAUUUAAGAGGAUAGUGGUUAAUUUUUCUUUAAAUAAAUCGGAUUUUAUCCUGGAUUUGAUUCAACACAAAGUUCUGUGUAAAAUAGUUCAAACGGACCUUUCUCCUAAACGGUGUUUGCUGCAGAAGUUUCCUCUUCAGUCUACAUGCAGUAUUUGCUUGUUUCUCACUGACCCGCUUUUAGUUUGAAGUCCUCUCCGGACGCCUCCUUGGAUGAUUGUUACAAGCAUCCCCAGAAUCAAGUGUGUCAGAAUGGCUGUUCUUUGUUUGGAAAUUCAGAUGAAUGCAAAUCGUUGUUCUAUAAAAGUUCUGCCUCGUGUUCCUUAUGAUAGGAAUUCUUUUUCAGAAAAAUCUUUUAAGGUAGACAAUGUCACUUGUUUAAGUCUUUAAUAUGAAUAAAGUUUUUGUUUUUUUUAAUGAA